CCUGUGUCGAUGACGUGACGUCUGCGCAUGCUUGGUAAACUUGGUUUAGUUGUCGGUUUCCUGCCUGGUGCUUCCUCCUGUAAAGAUGACAGUAAAGAUCAGUUUGUUCUAUGCAGCCGCUGUUUGCACUGCAGUGGUCUCGGCUUUUGUAGAAGAGCUGGAUGACUCCUUUAAGGAUUCAAGAAUGGGUGAUACUUGGUUAAUAGAUUUCUAUGCUCCUUGGUGUGGCCACUGCAAGAAACUGGAGCCCGUGUGGCACGAGGUGGGGGCUGAAAUGCGCAGUUCUGGUUCACCUGUGCGAGUUGGGAAGAUAGAUGCUACUGCUUAUUCCAGUGUUGCCUCAGAACUUGGAGUACGUGGUUAUCCAACUAUAAAACUGUUGAAGGGAGACUUGGCUUACAAUUACAGAGGACCAAGAACCAAAGACGACAUAAUAGAAUUUGCUAAUAGAGUAGCAGGGCCAGUUGUUCGUUCACUUCCCAGCCAACAGAUGUUUGAACAUGUGCAAAAGAGACACAAUGUGCUUUUUCUUUAUGUUGGUGGAGAAUCACCAUUAAAGGAGAAGUACAUUGAAGUGGCAUCAGAGUUGAUUGUGUACACAUAUUUCUUUUCUGCUUUAGAGGAAGUUUUGCCUAAGCAUGUGACAUUACAAGAGUUACCUGCUGUGUUGGUCUUCAAGGAUGGAACAUACUUUGUUUAUGAUGAAUAUGAAGAUGGUGAUUUAUCUUCCUGGAUAAAUAAGGAGAGAUUUCAAGGAUAUCUACACAUUGAUGGCUUUACUUUAUAUGAACUUGAAGAUACAGGGAAAUUGGUGGGAAUUGCAGUCAUUGAUGAUAAAAAUCCAUCUGAGGAGAGCAUUAGAUUGAAAUCACUAAUUCAAACAGUAGCUAAGGACUACAGGGAGCACUUCAAUAGGGACUUCCAGUUUGGCCAUAUGGAUGGGAAUGAUUACAUUAACAGCCUAAUUAUGGAUGAAGUGACUGUGCCAACAAUCAUUGUGCUCAAUACAUCCAACCAGCAGUACUUCCUUCCGAGUCAGCCGAUUGAACACAUUGAGGACCUAGUUCAGUUUAUAAACGAAGUCCUAGAUGGCACAGCACAGGCACAAGGUGGUGAUGGCAUUCUUCAGCGCAUCAAAAGAGUUAUUUAUGAUGCAAAGUCCACAGUAGUUUCUGUCAUCAAGAGCUCUCCUCUUCUCGGAUGCUUUCUCUUUGGUCUGCCUCUGGGUGUCAUCAGCAUCAUGUGCUAUGGAAUCUGUACAGCCGAUUCGGAUGACGGCUCGGAGGAAGUAGAGCUCUUGAAGAGGGAAGGCAGAGAUCAAGAACUGACAGACGAGGGAAGUGAGGAGGAACUUGAAGAUGGCAAUGACGAACAGCAGCCAGAGAGUGGAGCUGAGUACAGCGAUGAGGAGUGUGAAGAAAAAACCUCAACAGAAAAGAAAACUGAUUAACCAAACAACGCCCCCUAGGAUUUUCUUUUUAAAUUGAAAGGCUAAUUUAUUUAUAUAUUCAAUAUCAAUCAGGAUUCAGUAAAGACCGACAAAGAUUGGUCCAGUAACUUUGUCGAUGUGUAUUUACUUGCCUGUUACAGAAAUAGUAAGGUUAAUGUUUAAAAAAGAAAAAUAAAUAAUAUAACUGGAGACAAAUGCAUGUACCAUAAUGCAGCUAUCAAGAUGGUGCAGCUUAAAGUAAAAUUGUUAGUUAAUGUUACAAUUUUUUUCCAUGGCUGUCAGAUUAUUGGUCAACAAGACUGACCAUUCGGUCAUUCUCUCUAACUAUUGAACUUUAAGCCCUGGAUGUACAUUUGACCACUCAAGUGCUAGACUGUUGAAUUAGGAAUGUUAUUCUGAAACUUAGAGACAGGUGCAAUAUUUCCUAUUGUGACUCUUCACCUUGCCUUCAAAUAUCCUUUACUAUUUUGAUGUCGUAUAUUUUAACCUUUUUUCCUCCAACAUCCUGCGCUUUUAGGGGCUCUGAGAAAGCACAUCAGUGAUGCUGUUCAUUUUAAAUACUGUACAUACUGUGUUUAAAUGUACCUUCCAUCUUUCCAUGAGGGGUUGCCAAGAGGAACUACAAUAAUAUCUGUGAAAUGGAAAGUGAAUACUAAUGUUUUCAGCAGUUGGUCUAUAUUAACACAAUGAGGAUGGGUACGUGUUUGUGAACCCGUUAGACACUGUAGUCUGCAACGAGAUUUAAAAAGGGCACUGGCUGCAAUUAGACCAAACACUUCAGUUAAAAACAGCAAAUAGUACUAUGCAUUUAAUCUUGUCACAAAAUAUGCAGUGUAACAAUUUGAAUAUAUUUACAUUUCAGAAGAAAGUAAAGAGAAAGAAACUGUGAUGUUCUUUAGGGGUGCAAGUUAGCUGAGUUUCCAGAGUGUUGUUGAAAUUGAGGAUUAGUAGGGAGGGAGGGGAUGGGGGGUAUUGGUUAUUAAGCCACCAAACAAGCAUCUACUUUUGGACCAAAGCAAAGUUUCGCUGGAUUAAAUAGUAAAUGUGUAGGGAAGCAUUACACUGGCGUGAAGUUCAUUAAAUAUAAUAACAAGUUACAAGUUUACAUGGCUUUUGCAGUUUUCAUUUUGAGUGUUAAUGUUGCUUUUAACAAGUAUUGGUGUGUCUGAAUAACUUUUACAGACCUUUAUCAGUCUUUGUGGUAUUAGUCAGCGCUAGUAGCCUAAUGUUAUAAAGCUUCAACAUCCAGGCAUCGACGCUCUAAUUGGAAGUACAUUUCUUUUAACUGCAUAGUGCUGCUGAGACACAGAAAACAUGCUGGUCUGUUGCAAGGGCUGUAAUACUAUGUUCCAUGCACUGGUUUAAACCUUGAUUGUAUUCACCAAAAUGUUUUUUCAGCCACUUGCUGAGGCUUGUUCUUUGCAUCAAUACAGGCAAAGAUAUUCAUUAUAAAUAAAGUAGAUCUAUUUUUAUAUGCAUUUCUUCUGGAAUUGCAAGAACAAGAAAAAGCGUUGUUUUGGUCAGACAGCUUUUGAUGUUUUUAAAACAUACUGGAAAUGCUUGUUGUUGUUAUUGACCUUGCAUGCCACUCUACAGUUAAAGUCACAUUUCUUUAAAAAAAAAAAAAAAAGUCUGAAGCAGCUAAAAUGUUCUGUUUUUUUCAUUUUUUUUCAGUUGAAAUCACUACCUAUAAUUAUUACAGGUAAUUAACAGCCAGUUUAUAGGUGGAUGUUGAGUUACCAAGGCUAGCAUAUUUGUUUGUGAUUGUUGUUUGGUACUAUACAACCGAGGAGUGUGAGAGGUUAUUUUUUAUUUAUUUAUUUUUUCAGAAAGUCUUUGAUCUGGGUAGUAAAGUAUUUUAGUAGAUGGCAGAAGACUGAAUGGUUUGUUACUAAGUGGUUAUUUUGCAGUAUUUCUGCAGCUGUGAGAUAUAGUCAAAUCAGUAGUCAAUAUAGUUAAAUCAGGUGACAGUAAACACAUUUUUUAAAAAUGUUUUUUCCUUGUAAGGCAUGAUGUAUGUAUGUAUAUAUUCUGCUACUUUUCUCGCAUCAGUUGCUCAACUUUUUUUAUUCUCCUGUUCUUACAAUUUACUAAAUAAUAAGUGGCUUGAGACAUUUUUGCCUUUUACCUGUACAAGAGAAACUAACAUAUUUUUUUAGCAUUAUUAUUCUAGCCCCUUUUUAUUGUGUUAGCACUAAAUACAAUCCAAGCCUUUGGUUUAUAUAUUAAAUAAAGUGAAAGUG